UCUCAGAUGAUCUUCAGCACAGUCUUGUGUGUGUUUGUGUGUAGAUCAUGGCUCUUCAUCGACUCUUCCACCUGUCGUCCCUGUUGCGCUCGGCUGUGAGCGUGACGCUGCGCAGGAACAUCGGUCUGUCCGCCGUCCUCUUCAACAAAGCCAGAGACCUGGAUCCUGUGCAGAAGCUCUUCCUGGACAAGAUCCGCGAGUACAACACCAAGAGCAAGACCGCUGGCGGUGUGGUUGAAGCCGGUCCGGUCUAUCAGAAGAACCUGACGGAGGAGAUGACCAAACUCCAGCGCUUAUAUGGAGGAGGAGAUCUCACCAAAUUCCCUCAGUUCAAAUUCCCAGAACCCAAACUAGAGGAGGUGACGACAAAAUGAAUGCCUUCUGUCCAUUGCUGUCUGUGUGCUGAAAAUAUGAACUCAAUAUUUAAUAAACAGUCUGGUUCAAAAAUCA